CCCGCCGGGCCCGGGCGCGGCCGCAGCCCCGGAGCCGCCGCGGAACCGCCGGGAACGGCCGGGAAACCUCGGGAAACCCCCGGGAACACCCGGAACCCCCAGGGAACCCCCGGAACCCCCAGGGAACCGCCGGGAACCCCCGGGUACAGCCAGGAACGCCCCGGGAACCCCCCGGGAACCGCCGGGAGCCCCCCGGAACGGCCGGGCCGAGGGGAUGCGGCACCGCGGGGCCGGGUGAAGCUGUCGCGGGCAUGGCGGGCGCCUCGGUGAAGGUGGCGGUCAGGGUCCGGCCCUUCAGUGCCAGGGAGAGCAGCCGCCAGGCCAAGUGUGUCAUCCAGAUGCAGGGGAACACCACCUGCAUCACCAACCCCAAGCUCCCCAAGGACGGCACCAAACACUUCACCUUCGACUACUCCUACUGGUCCCACACCUCGGAGGAGGACCCCAACUUCGCCUCGCAGCGCCGGGUGUACCAGGACAUCGGGGAGGAGAUGCUGGCGCACGCCUUCGAGGGCUACAACGUCUGCAUCCUGGCCUACGGCCAGACCGGCGCCGGCAAGUCCUACACCAUGAUGGGGCGGCAGGAGCCGGGGCAGCGCGGGAUUAUCCCGCAGCUCUGCGAGGAUCUGUUCGCCCGCGUCGCUCGGGAAGGGUCACCUGAGCUUUCGUUUUCUGUGGAGGUGAGCUACCUGGAGAUCUACUGCGAGCGGGUGCGGGACCUGCUGAACCCCAAGAGCCGCGGGGGGCUGCGGGUGCGGGAGCACCCCCUGCUCGGGCCCUACGUGCAGGACCUGUCGCGCCUCGCCGUCGCCUCCUUCGCCGACAUCGCCGACCUCAUGGACAGCGGCAACAAGGCCAGGACGGUGGCAGCCACCAACAUGAACGAGACCAGCAGCCGCUCGCACGCCGUGUUCACCAUCGUGUUCAGCCAGCGCCGCCAGGACCCGCUCAGCGACCUCGCCACGGAGAAGGUGAGCCGCAUCAGCCUGGUGGACUUGGCGGGCAGCGAACGCGCCGAUUCCUCGGGGGCCAAGGGCAUCCGCCUCAAGGAAGGCGCCAACAUCAACAAGUCCCUGACCACCCUGGGCAAGGUCAUCUCUGCCCUGGCUGAGGCGCAGACCAGCAAGAAGAAGAAGCCGGAUUUCAUCCCGUACCGGGACUCAGUGCUGACGUGGCUGCUGAAGGAGAACCUGGGAGGGAACUCGCGCACGGCCAUGAUCGCGGCGCUGAGCCCGGCCGACAGCAGCUACGAGGAGACGCUGAGCACGCUGCGCUAUGCUGACCGCACGAAGCAGAUCCGGUGCCACGCGGUGAUCAACGAGGACCCGAACGCGCGGCUGAUCCGCGAGCUGCGCCAGGAGGUGACGCGGCUGCGGGAGCUGCUCAGCGCCCAGGGUCUCACUGACACCACCCUCUCCGGCCCCCCUGCCACCACGCCCCCCACCCUCAAUGGGGACCCGGGGCUGGAGCCCCCCCUGGGCCCCACUGAGGCCAUGGAGCGGCUGCAGGAGACGGAGAAAAUCAUCGCAGAGCUCAACGAGACGUGGGAGGAGAAGCUGAGACGCACGGAGGCCCUGAGGCUGGAGCGGGAAGCGCUGCUGGCUGAGAUGGGGGUGGCUCUGCGGGAGGACGGCGGCACCGUCGGGGUGUUCUCCCCUAAAAAGACCCCGCACCUGGUGAACCUCAACGAGGACCCCCUGAUGUCCGAGUGCCUCCUGUACCACAUCAAGGACGGCGUGACCAGGUGGGUGGGGGGG